CACUAAACUCCACGCACCAGACAACUUCCACUGGUGACUGCUCAUUACUAAUACAUCACCAUGAUGUAAUGAAACAUACCAAGACCUCAGCUACUGCUCUGCCGUUGUAAGAUUGUUCCAGAAACUCAAAGUAGUAGACACCACAUGAAACUUACAAAACUUCUUGACUUUUGGAACUGUUGCUCCGAAUUCUCUGUGUCUGAGAGGGAGGAAAAUGCCAGAAGGAGGGUCUGCCAGGGGUGAAAGGUUGGACUGAGCCAGAACUCCACGGAGGCCUUAGCAGUUGUCUCAGAGAGGCUAACCUGGAAGACAUACUGACCUACAAGACAGGAGGAACAAGGUAGCCAAAUGUCCUGUGAGCAUACUUGCCUCCCACUGCCUUCCAGGCCUUCUGGUCAAAAUCUCUCCUGAGAGAAGUGGUGGUGUCCUCAGUCUGUGGGUAGAGAUGGUACUCUGGCUCCCCCCCCUCUCUCUCUCUUCUUCUUCUUCCUCACCCCAGGAUGGAGAGGAAAGGCCCAGUGGACUCUCAAGUCAUCCAGAGAAUAGCCCACUGCAUGGAACCACUGGUGACGAGUCACCACACCCACCUCCCCUCUCACAGAGGGGACAGGUGUCACUGAGCAGUUCACUGCACUUUUCCUGAACUGUGGAAGACCUGAAGGCCACUACCAACACUGUGGAACUACUUUAUAGAGUAUCUACCUCCCGGGACACGAGUGCCCACCACAAACGAUCGUGUCAAAGUGCCCACCGUGGGUGAAAGUCACAGCAAGCGGAUGGAGGAUGAAGGCCUUGCGAGCUAUGUUGGGAGCUGUGAUUGUAAUGGCUGCUACUGUUAUGAUCUUCUCCAUCACUCUAUCAUCCCCCAGAGUGUUGAAGGAGGACCCCCGUUAUAGAUUCCCAGGGAAGGAGGAGAGAGGAAUGUCGCCACCUUCCUCUCACCUCCUCUCCUCGCCUUCACAGCACGUCAUCUCCCCUCUGCCGUCUGCCCAAACACCAUUCAACUCUACCACCACCUCACAGAUACCUACCACAGCACUUUCCUCUGCAGCUGCUAAUGCACCCUCAUCCCCCACUCAUCUACACUCACAGACAACAGAAACUACUGAAACUGAAAGAACUGAAGAAACUGCCCCUCAAAAUGUCCUCUUUGACAGUGAUAUGAUAGGGCACUUGAACUAUGACAUAUGGAGACAUCCAGUAGGCUACUGUGUUGAUGACCUGAGGAUUAAGAGGGACUUCCCCUCCCGGCCUGAGACACGAAAGAGUAUUGAUCAACUGCAGACCACAUUCAGUGCCAAAGACAAGGACUCUCUGGUCAACAAGUACGGCCACAAGAUCUAUGGCUACCUUCUUCCAGCCACACCAGGUGGCCACUGGCUGAGGAUGGAGCUGACUCAAGUGACUGCAGCCUGCAGCGCUGAGGUUUGGCUCAGCUCGGGUCCUUCACCUCUCGCCAGCCGACUUGUCGUCUCUGCUGAGACUCUCAUGAUGGGUAGAGUUCAGAAAGCCUCCACAAAGGAAAUACAAGACUCGGAAGAAAUACACCUUCCACGCCUCAGACUAGGACCAGGCACCUACUAUUUCGAAUUUCUUGAGAAGGCAUUUGAUGGGAAGUGUGUGGCGACUGUAAAAUGGAAGCAGCCUGGAGACACCGAUUUCAAGACCAUCUCUUCUGAUCACUUUGCCAUGGCUGUCAAAUUGAAGCCAGGAGGCUCCGAGUAUGCUGAUGGGUGGCCAGUCGUGGAAGAAUUGCAAGGAGAUCUCCCCAGCAACCACCUCCAGUCCCACGCCACAGUCCAAUACACAGGAGACACCAUAUACCCCAUCUCAGAGCUGGAUGUUCUGGAGAACUGUGAGUUCACCUCUCAAGUGGCAUAUCCUCGCAUACUGAAGAAACAAUAUGAAGGAGUUUACCAGGUACUCAGCACCCUUUCCUUGAAUCCUACACUCUCUCAAUUAGUCUUUCGCCCCUAUACCCAAGUUUGGCGAUUGAUUUGGACGUCAGAACCGCUGCGGGGUUCCACCAGAGUAGCUCCCAUCCUUUCCCCUCACCCCAAAUAUUUUCUUUUCCCCCUAUCUCGCCACUCCACAGAUAAGAGAGAGUCUGGUAUUUCCAAAAGAUCCUACUGUCUUUCUUCACUGGAGGAAGAAAGACAAAGGCAACAGGUUCAUGAGUGAAGAGAGGAGUGGACAUGUACUGGAGUUGUACAAGAAAGCCUUCGCUGAAAAAAGCAGCAGUGGAGAGGUGAAGAUAAACAAGAUUGAGGAGACAGAGAAUAAGAAAGCUGGUUCAAGAUUUCUGCUGGAACUGGACAUACAGCUGGAGGGAGAGAGUGAGGUACUCCACACGUCAGAGUACGUGUACCUGGCAACAGGAGCCAGCAGCCUCUGCCACACCUCCAAUUUCCAGUGGAAGAGAAAUGUAGACGUGUACCUGGUGGUGUCUGUCAAGAACUUGGGAGCCUGGGUCCAGCACCUCAUCCAUAACAUGGAGCACAUCUACAAAGUGACGGGAGACGAGAGAUUUGAGCUAGUGAUAGUGGACUACCAGAGUGGAGACCUGGAUGUGGCGGCAGAGCUGAGGGCCUCUUCUCUUCCCAGAUGGAAGGUGAUCAGCAUGACUGGAGGCUUCUCUCGCAGUGGAGGGCUCCAGGCCGGCAUCGACUACGUGACGAACCCCGACGCAAUUGUGAUGACCAUUGACAUGCACCUCACUCUACCUCCCGGCUUUGUGGAGUACACUCGCAGGCAUGUGGUGCAGGGGAAGAUGGGGUUUGCCCCUAUGUUCUUCCGUCUUAAUCAGGGCUACACUGAGAUUAACAUCAACGGAUUCUGGGAGACUCUGACAUAUGGGCUACUGGGGAUGUACAAGAGUGACUGGACCACUGCUGGAGGAUUCGACGUACAGAAAUACACCACCAAAUGGGGUGGGGAGGACUGGGGCGCUGUGGACAGAAGUUGUGACUCACGGAAUUGAACUGUUCAGAGUCAGGUACCCAGGACUGGCGCACUACUACUUCCACACCAAAAAGGCAUGUGGACAACAACCUACAAUCUAAGUACAAUCACUUAGUACUACCAUGGUUUUUCGAAUAUUUUUUAUUUUAAAAUCUCCUCAACGUAUUAUUGUCGCGUGAAAGGAAGGAGAGUGAGAGAAGUGAUGCUAGCAGCAGUUGCAGGACCUGUUGUUCUGCUGGGUGAGGUGGGAUCUAUGAGUGGUUCUAGUGUCCUGCCUGCUGACACUCCUGAUCCAAUCCUCCAAACUGAGAGUGAAUUCUGCAAAUCAAACUUUUCAAA